AUCUCACCCGAGUAAAAGGGAUUACUAUGUAGCACAAACCUCCUCCCCCCCCCGGGCCAAUCUCACAUCGGAAGUUGAAUCCGAGCACCCCCGAAGAAAAAACGAGGCAAGGAUUACACCAGAUAAUCGGAAUUCUCCCAGGUAGAACCAUGAUCCGGUAUAAGCCCACCCGAAUAAGCCUCGGAGACGGAGACCUGCGCUAUCAUCUCCAGCGGCUUCUCAUCCGCCAUAGUCGGCUGGCGGAAUGGCACCAGCACGAUCAAUUUCUGAAUGACAGCAGCUUUGAUGAUGGCGAGGAUGAUGCCUUUUUGGAGUCCGACUCUGACCUCUUCUCUGCACCGUCCGUCUCUCCGCCGGAUUCCAUUUGUUAUUCGGCUCCAGACGAGGACCCCGGAGAGGGCUCGUCGCCGCGUGGCAGAGGAGGAGACCAUAACACCAGGUCUGCGUGCUCACCAGAGGCAUCCACUUCCUCUUCGUCGUCGACAAUAGACGCAGGCUCGCCGAUCAUUGUGCAGCCAUCUGCUUUGUCAUUAGAGGCGACAAGGUCCGCUGAGAAAAAUGUAGAUGUGCAGAGUGAAUGUCAGCUUUCAAUGGAUGGUCAUAACAAGCCCUUCGGGGGUCGAAAUGGAGAGAAAUUCGGGCAUUCCCCGGGCUAUUAUGACCUUUCAGAGACUUCUUUGUCUGAUUGUUUAACACAACCCCGAGCUGUGUUAAACAGUGUCAGGGGUGAUGUCACAGGUGAAACACAUUCUCCCAGGCCUUGCUCUCAGAAUCCUGUCUUAUCUGUUUCUUUUUCUCUUCACCAUCGAUCGGGCUCAUUUUCUACUGUUCCUCCUCUAGCACCGCUGGAUUCUUGUGCUGUGCUUCUCGCCGAUCUUCUCACCAACCUAUUGCUUGGGAGACAGCCAACGCAGCAGUCAGUGGACCUGAGUCGGACCCAUACAAACCUGGGUGCAGCAGACGAAGAACGCGGCACAAAAUCUGAUAUCAAGUUUCACACGCGUUCCUUGGGAACAAAUCAACCGGGACGAAGUACAAAGCCUAUCUCACCUUGCUCAACAGACAAAGAGGAAUUUGCAAGUGCAUCGAUCACAGACGCAAUGGUUGAUGGUGUCAAGACCAAGUUGCAAUCCUCAAAAAAAUCAACACGCGGCCAGCGGGCCAGUAACCUCUUGGAUGAUGCUGUGCCAAGCCGUGACAGUUGCGCGGUGGGAGCCCACAGUUCCACACUUCUAGGUGAUAAGGCAGCUUCCCUCACUGAACCGCAGCAUGAUUCUCAUUCUCGUUCGAGACCGACAGAAGCACACUUGCACGGUCGCCCAGUUGACAAUGGCGGCCCUAAGAACACCCAGCGUCCGACCAAGCUGGUGAAACUAAAGGGAGUCAACCUUGCUGUUAUUGGCAAGCUGUCACCCGGUGCCCAGACAGACGUAGGCCCAUCGAUCCGAGUGCCUGACCAAAAUCCUGGAACCGAUUCCUGCCAGGGCUAUGGGGAUCCACCCAGAACCAUUGCCGGCAAACAUGAGUUCCGUCAGGAAAAUCAGCCAUCAAGGUCUGAAUUCGCGACGCUCACAGCACUUGCUCAAUCAUUGACCCUUUCUGGCAAUGGGAGGUCAAAUACCCGGAUGCAGCCGUUGAGUACGCGAAUGCUUGCCACACAAGCCCACGCUCGAGAGGAGGAGGAAGAGGUACGUAUACUCGCACGCAGGCGUUCGCUGAGAAGAUCUCUGAUGGAUUUUCCAUUGGACAGCAUCAGGAAGCGAUCCGCUACUCGAUUGAUGUGGAGGCGGCAAAUUUUGCAGAGUACGUCAAUAUGGCGAUACUCGACAUGCUCGCGAGCACAGAGUCAGAGGAGUUCAGAGAUCUGGUGGAGUGAGAGUUAUGAGUACGAGUACAUGCCCCUCGAAAGAGCGGAGCCGUGUCUCUCAACAAACUCGUGGCUGACCAGUCGGAUGUGCUCCUGUGUCUGUCGAGUAUGGAACAGUGGGUGGAGAGGCACGUCAGCUGGAAGGUGCAGCUACUGUCAUGCAAUGAAUUCAGAGGGUAUGGUACAGUGCAGCAUACAAAGCAGGGAAGGCGGCGGUUGGGAUAAUGUGCGAACACUCAACUAGUGCAGGUCCUGGCAAUGGCAUUGUUGAUGCAAAG